UAUCAAUUUCACACGUUCGCGUAUCGUUAGAAGGUACAUUUUAAACCACGUAGAAAGAACUUUGAGAUACCGUUGAAUUGAAGAAGUUUAUCUCCAGUUAAGGUAAGCUUUUUCUAAUCACAUACGACAGGAAAGUCUGCGACAGAAAGGGUCAAGAAAUAAGCUUUCACACUCACUUCUAAGGAAAGUGACUCCACGCUCGCUCUUGGUGUAUAGAUUUACUACCCACAACUGCGCUGUUUGAAGAGCGUGCAUUCUGGCAUUUAAUGUGUUGAGUAAAUUUCUUAAUAGUCAUCUACUACUUCUGCACCUAACUUUCUCGCCAAUGGAACGUAAAUCACGCCUUUCAGUGAUAGUGUAGUGUGUAAACUAUUUCAUUCAAUGAAAUGCGCGCGUGUUUAAUUGAAGAUAGAAGUGAGAGUUUUCUAAUCGGAUUUCCGUUAGUGUAAAGCAAUUUCCCUCACUCUUUUGCUUGAAAUUUUGAUGCAUAUCAAUAGAUAAGGUCUGGCGAAUCUUUGGCGAUUCUCUGCUACUGAUAAGAGCUCCCUUCUUUGCACUUUUUAUCACAAGCAUGCAGAGUUUCAUCGCAGCGUGCUAUCAAAUUAAGCUCACAUUGUUUUCGAAACAAACAGCAGUAUCGGCUCUGUACCAUAUGCACUACGUAGCAGGGUGAAAUCUUCCAGUAAAUUCGAUUUAAUAAUCGACGAUUUUUGUCCGGUAAAAAGAAAAGAGAUGAUGAGUUGUUUAGUCUGGUUUUCUGUUUUGAAGUGCUUUCAAAUCUGUGUUCAUUAGGGAUAAAAGAAUGUUCCUUUGCAUCAUUAGAAGUCGUAAGACAGCGCUCGGGUUCAAGUUUCGUCUUGGAGGGAACUAAUAAGUUUCUGGUUGGGCAGACUGCCAAAUCAUGUAAUCCAGAUACAAUGAACUUACAGAACGAUUAGCAGUGGAAAGCAGUGCUAAAAAUGUCAGCCUGUUUGGUCGUGAUUUUUAAACUUUACGAAGACCUGAUCGAAUGAACCAGCGCUCUAAAAUGAUAUUAAUGUGGUGCAUCUACACGAUAAUCCGCAGCAAUUGAUAGCAAUCAAUAAUCAUCUCUUGACACGGGACGUUGUCAACAAGUUAUAAACGCAGGGUUUUUGUUUCCUAAUUAAUUAGCGAAUAUAAUGAUAAAGUUCAUAGGCAAUUGUAUAUUAUGUCUUUGUAAAGGUAUAUCUGGUGAUUCUGGUCUAGUGGUUUAUAAUAAUUGAAAGUAUAAAGUAAGAAUAGAUCACUGACCUUUCACAUGAUAGUCAUGACCGACGAACACUCCAACAAGAUAUAUGCAAAUCCAAGUAGUUAACAUUUUUUAGGCAAGGAUAAAACGUGACCAUUCAAUUGAACGUUUUAAGUGAUGUUGUCUCCUUAAUUUUCUGUAGGUAGUUAAUUUAGAUCAUUUUCAACAAGAGGGUCAUUGUCUUUUUGAGCUUUAGUUGAAAUUUAACAGGUUUGACGAAGUUUAAAUUUUAAGAAAGUUUGAGAGUCAAUUAAUUUACAAAGGUUUGUACUAUUAAUACACUUUAUUCAAAUAUUUUCAAAACCUCCUACAUGUAGCAAAUUGAAAGUUUCUGUUUGAAUGAACUGAUAUCUUUAAUAUGUCGUUUGUUUGAAAAACCGGGAUAAUCGGUCCUCCACAUUUUUGCAACAAAAAGUUUUCUUUUGUUUCAUUUUUCAUUUUAGCGAGAAGGUUUAUAAUGAAAACGAGACUGCUGGUCCUUGGAAGUUUUCUUUUGGCAUUUCCUCUGGUCGCGUCUCUGAGUUGUGUUCGGCCAUGUUCCAAGGUGCGUUGCUCAACUCCAGUUGGGUGUAGAGGAGGCACAGUUAAGAGCGUCUGUGGUUGCUGCACUGUUUGUGCAAAGAUGGAGGGAGAGAGGUGUGGAGGACAAUGGGAGACAGAAGGAAGAUGUGACUCUGGCCUUAAAUGUGUCGUCAGAGGUGGACGGUUGAAGUCAGGCACAGGCCAAUGCGAACCUGGUUAGUUCACAUCAGUUUAGCUUCUGUCAAUUUGUUGUGUUAGAAGGUUAAGCUGUGAAGCCCAGAAUUUUUUGGGGGGGUAGUCUUUAUUCCCUCACAGCAGUGUUUAGACCACAAAGGACUGAAUAGAAAUGUAAAGUAUGCCAUCUGACAGGAGGCGAACCAGUGGGCCUAAUCAGUUUGUCUGAAGAGCUGAACUCGUGAGAGUGGAACUUGCAUGAGAUCCCCACAUCACAGCAAUUAGGAAUGGUCUGGGUAAUUUGGGAAUUAAAUUAAUAGCAAAAUUAAAAGCCCUAAACCCCAAAUUCUGUGAAUGGAUGUAUACACAGGGGUGGGGGAGGGGUGUGGUUUGCUUUUGUCUGAAUUGUGCUAAGUUCCUUUCUAAAUAGAAUCAAGGACCCUGCUAAAGCCUCGAGUUUUCAAUGCAGAAUGUUCUCAGAGUUCCGUUACCAAUGAAUAAAAUGGUAUCUAUAUAGCUAUUUUGUCUUUUCUCUUUCUUAUUUUUUUCUGGAUAAACCCCUCAAUUCUGAAGCUCCUCCAAAUCUUAAGUGAUUCUGCUAAAACGGGGACAUGCCUUAUUAGUUAACCUUCCUCACCCUCAUUCCAAAGGUCUUGAUACAAAAAAUGGUAGGCUAUUACGAGAAAAAUGUAAAAUAGUAACAUUAACUUAAACUUUAUUUCCUUCAAAGCUGUUUGCAAAGAAAAGAAGUGUGGGUUCCGUGAAGUUUGUACAGUGGGGAAGGAUGGAUUUCCUUAUUGUUCCUGCUCUCACAAUUGCAGCAGCUAUAUGCGCAAUCCCGUGUGUGGCUAUUCAAAUGGCAAACAGUAUGACAACAAGUGUGAAUUGCAUAAAGAGGAGUGCACCAUGGGCCAGGUCAUAGGUGUCAUGCAAGGACCUUGUAAAAGUAAGUAUUAUAUGUCAAUUAUUCAGUUUAACCUCAAUAUUAGUGAGUUUACACGACAGUACAGUGUUUUGUCGUGAUCUUCACUUAAAUUAAUGUUUUCUGGUCUUUUGCGAAAAGACCUAUUUAAAGGAUGGUGAAGUUUGAAGGAAAUAUUGAAACAAAAUUGUUGUCACGCAUGUCACACAAGGUUUGCCAUCGUCUUUCCUCUCCUGUCCUGCUGCAUAAGUUGACUUUUAUGUGCAACCACAAUGCUUAGUUAAAUUAAGCAACCUCGAAUUCACCUUUAUCCAAAAUAUGCGAGUCUAAAGACUAAAAUAGCAAGAAUUGUUUCUAAUUCAGUGACCUGUUGGCUGCCAUAAGCCAUUUCUAAAUCUUGCCUUUUGGUGUUUUCAGUUAUGGGUGAAAAGAAAGGUUCAACUUGAAAUAUUAUUUUUGGACACAAAUAGUAUCCUUUAACAGGUUUACAAACAGGCCAUGAUGCAUGAUGAUGUAUUAACAUCUCUUCAUCGGCCUAUGUUGGAAACCCUGUGAGAAUGAUGCUGUUUUGGGUUCCUUGUAUAUGAAUGACCAUUACUGUACAGUUAUUAAAGAUUUGAGCUUUGAUGGCCUCAGAAAUGUUAGAAAUCAUUUGCGAGCCAAAUAGGAGUUAAGUACUUGCUAUUAUGAUUAUCUCGAAAGCUUCCAAGAUUUUUGUGCUCCUCCUUAUAUCUUAAAUCAAUGUGGACUAUGAUGCCAGUUUGUAGUGACAUACAGAUGGACUUAAAAGUAAAUGAAAUCGUUAUUAUAUUAGUUCAGUUAUUACAAAACGGGCACCUCUAUUUUUUUGUAAAAUACUGAAGAUACUAUGCACGAGUACUGAAAAAUGCAAAAUUAAGUACCAUCGCACCCUUGAUCAUGAUGUUGAUUAUUAUGAUUUAUAUUCUUAUUUUUUGUUGCUAGAAUGCCUGUAUAGGGAUAGGGCAUUCUUGUUUGGGGAGACAAGAAAAGGAAGACACCCGUGUGAAAAGUGGUAUGUUAUGAAGCAUUAAGUGCUACAGUGACCAUAUGUGCAGUUACUUAGUGUACCCUUUUGUAAGCUUGCCUGUAACCCUGUAACUCAGUUGGCCACAAAAUUCACUUUUGCUCACUGGGCACUGUGGCUUCUUUUUGCCAGUCUAUUGCUGUGUUUAUUAGCCUGAACAGGCCCUAGUUUUUCCAGUGGUGGAAUGAAGUGAAAUCAAUUUGGAUUGUCACUCACACAGUGCAAAUGAUAUUAUUUGAAUGCUCUUUUACUGAAAAUGGUGAUUAUUUAGUCUUAUCAGGCCCCUCUUGAACAACCACAUAUAGUAGUGGCCGAUAUCAAAUUGCACACCACUCCACCAACCUGGCGUGGGACAGCAUAAGAUAUGCCAGAAAAAAUCCCCUUUUUGUGAAUGUGAGUUCCUACCUGAUCCUUUCCUGAUUGAAAGAGUUUCAGUUCAGAGUGUUUCUGGGUAGAAAAGAAAGAACUUAUUUCUUUGCCAUUUAAAUUUUGCAAUUGAAUUAACUCCGGUGUGAAGGGGCCAAAGAGACGAUCUGACUAGAAAUAAUGACAAUUGCUAAAAUAUCGCUUAUUUCCGCAUAUUAUGAUCGCCAUUUUAGUCAAAGACAGCGUCCAAUUUAUUAGUUUUUUUUGGCGCACUGGCUUUCUUCGAAUUUUCGGUGUAAAAAUCAGAAACGACAAAAUGCACUUGAAUGUGUGCCAAUUAAAAAGCUUUCUACUUGCCUGUCUGUCAGAGUUUUUAAGUCCCUUCCUCUUUGAAUCACGUAUCGUUGUUGACCCUCCGACUGCAAAGGCAAACUGGUUUCAAUAUUUUUUUUAACACGUGCGCUCUGCCGGGUGCUUGAAAGGAAGGCAAUCAUGAAAAUCAGUAGCGCUUGAUUUAAAAGAUACUAGAGGGAUUUUCUAACCUCUAAAAACUCAACUUACGUCGCGUCGGAAGAGAGCAAAUGGCGGGAAAAUCGUGUCAGCAGAAAAAUUGCAGGGAUUCUACUCAGUAAAUAUGAACCUCUGAAUAAAUAUUACUAUUACUCAUUACUAAAUACUUACCAAUUAAUCCAAGGUCAGCGCACUCGUGGUGCAAAAGUGCUUCCAUUGUGGAGCCAGCAAAAAAAACAAACCGCAUUGAUACAUGAGCUCGAGGGAAGCCAUUUUGAUUUGCUAACUGGCCGUGACAGAUUUUCUUGCCGUGGACCUGGAACUGGUACAAACUACGAGAAACGUGUGAAUGGAACACGAAAUUCCGUUCGGAAAUUCCAAUCAGGAAAAGCAGGCCACCUUUUCAGAUUUUCCACUUUUUUCUGGGAAUUUUUCAGUGGGACGAACCGAUGAAACGUGUUCCAUUUACCGCCAACCGGAAAUUACGGAAAUUUUGACUAAAUGGAAAGCGCCCUAUAUCUCAACUGCUUCGUACCCAGACGCCUCUCUGCGCGCAAAGGAAGACGGGCUUUGCUCCCCGCUUUCUCCUUCCCAAGGUUCCUUGCGCUUCGUCAUCAGUCGCGUUUCGCGCUCGCCUUUGUGCGAAAAACGGAAAAACGAAGCAAAUAAGGAGGAGGCAGAUAUGUAAUAGUAAAUUUCAUAUGUCAGAGCUGUAAGUUAACAGUAUCCUCAGGAAACCUGAUAGAUUACUAUACCCUGCCAAUUUUUCUCCAGUUCUGUUAUAGAUAGCCUGCGUGCAGACGAUAACUAAACUCUGAUUAGUACCGUCUGCGAAGCAGCGCAGAGAUCCUUGUUCUGGGCCCCCAACGGACUCAACAAAUUACCGGAAGUGCGUUUCGAAUUCCCCUUCAACCUGAUUGGCGAUCACGACAAACAAAACAAAGCCUUUUUAACUGGCCAAUCGUGGCGCGUACUCAAAUCUGGGUACACAGCUGGAAGUCCAGAACAAGGAUUUCAGCGCUGUUUCGCAGACGGAGUUAACCAGAGUUUAAUUUCGUCUGCGCGCAGGCUAGUUAUAGAAGGAUGCUAUGAUUGCCAAAGUUUAUCCUCUCUUUACUUGUCCAACUGUUGGCCUUAUUUAGAACUACAGCAGCCUGAUUGGUAGCGAGAGGAGCGUACUCAUCUAGUUUGUUAUUUGUUAUUUUUUACUUCUUAGCAAUUGUUUUCAUGGAGAAUGGAGGUGUCGUAGAACAAGCCAGUGUGGACCACAGAAGCCAAGAAGCUGUACUGUCACUUUGAAUUCCUUAGGGAGGAAUGUUCAGUCUGAUUGCCCCAAGGGUUACUGGUGUAAAGUUCAGAUUCCGGGAAUACCAGAAGCCGGGAUCCCUGAAGUAGCAAUGUGUGUACCAGGGCAACCAACAGGUAUAAAGUCGGUUGGUAAUUAGAUUUAGUCAGAAACCCAUAAGGGGUUGUAUCAGUUUCCUUCAAAAUGAAUAUUGACGCAUGGCAAUGGCAACGAGAACAUAAAAAAAUUAAAAAAAAAUAGGUUUUUGCCCGUCCGCACCUAUCCGAAGACAAAAACGGCUAUUUUAUUCCCCAGUCUGGCCUACCAUCAACACGUAUCUGGUAAAAACGGUCACCCAAAACGCAUCUUUUCAAAAACGCUCUCCAGAGUGGAGAUUUUUGAAAACACUGGCUUCUCGUUUACGUUUGGACGGACGAAACGUGAGGUUUUGGAAUACGAUGAUGUCAUACAUCAUAUACUUCUAGCAUGACGCAUGUACCGUAAGUGAUGCUAUUGUAUUUUCAUCGUUUUAGUGUUUUCGUGUGAACGGACGAAAACGAUUCGAAUACGCUAUGUGUGAAGGCGUAUAUUUUUUGAAGACGGAGAAAAAAUCUCCGUUUACAAAAAUAUCUGGUUACGUGUGGACCGGGCCUUAAGGUGAUGUUACACGAUACAAUUCGCAACAACGAUUUUUAGCGCAACACAGCGUUGCAACAUUGUUAUGAGAUUGUUUCGAAUAGUGACAACGUUGUUCCAAUAUUGCAACGCUGUGUUGCGCUAGAAAUCGUCGUUGCGAAUCGUACCGUGUAACAUCACCUUUAGAUUAGCAAAACAACAACUUUGCACGUGUAGCACGCUUUUUCGUACAUAUCUCCUCCGUCACUUCACGACUGCGAAGUAAAAAUUGUCUAAUUUCUAUUGUUACGGAGGACAAACAAACACUGAAGCGGCGACGAAAUCUUUCCCUGAACUUGGAUAUGGUUCAGGUAGGAAUUCAACUCCAGGAGAGUUCGCCUAGAUUUGAAAAGGUAAGCAAGUUGGAAUAAUCGCGAUGAAGAUUUAAAGAACACAAAUUCACUUUUUUAAACACGUUGCCGUCCUGGGGUCUUAAUUAAGAACCCCAGCUACUGAAGCUUGCAACGGCAAAGUUAGCGUCAAAAGAAAGCAAAAGGGUCCAAUAAGGAAGAUCAACUCUUCACGUGCAUCGCACAUUUUGGUACAUUUCUGUGAUAACGUUGUAUGGACGACGUAAACACAGAUAAUGAUCAUGAAUUUUAGUCUAGUCGCUGUAACAAAGUAAGGCGGUAUGGUGAAAUGUGUUGGCCAAUAAAAGUGUUCUUCAGUAAACUAUUUUUUUUUUUCCAUUACAUUUUCAUUUAGGGGACAGAGCUAUUUUCACCACAACAGUUUCAACUGAGGCCACACGACUACGAGGUAAAUCUUGAAUAAGACUACCGUAAAAUUCCGAAAAUAAGCCCCAAGGCUUAUAUUUUUCAAAUGCUCUUUUUGGGGGGCUUAUUUUUGGAGGGGUUAUAUUCGAAGGGGCUUAUGUACGGAGGGAAUUUUGCGUUUCAAAAUCGAUUGGGCUAGCCUUAUACUGGGAAGGAAAUUUACCGUUUUUGCUUUGUUUGACUUUGUAUUUGAGGGCAAUUUCCAAGUACAAGCCCCCGUGGGGCUUAUAUUUGGAGGGGCGAUUUAACGGAGGACUCUUAAAACUGAUAAAGUGAUAAAAAAAGGCGCGGUCACACACUAGCGGCCAGUGACCUGGUAUAUGCAUGUAUAGGUAAAAUUUCUUCGCAAGGCAACAUUGUUCCUUCUGAUGAAGAUGCCAUGGCAUUAAAAGACUCUUAGGGAAUAAGUUUAACUUGCGUUUUGUCCAAAUCUCGGAAUUAUUGAAAUUUGGACAAAAUGCGCGUGAAAUUUUUCUCUAAUUUCACUUUCGUUCACACUUACUUAUAAUUUAAACACAAUUUGCAGGUCCUAAGAUUCCAGCCCGGUGCAUGGAGCCGCCAAGUGUUGGCCCCUGUAAAGCUGCAUUCCCCCGCUGGUAUUACAAUAAGUCAAAGAAAAAGUGCCAAGAAUUCCUGUAUGGUGGAUGCGAUGGAAACGCCAACAAUUUCAACACCAAAGCUGCUUGCAAGGAUCUCUGUAUUCCGCGAAACAGAAGUAAGUAAUCAAUCGUGUUACAAAAGAGUAAAACAAGAAAGUUUCUAAACACGACUAGGCAUUUUGUGAUGCGGGUGUUGACAAAUCACGUGAAAUGUCGUCACACUGUCCUUUUCUCAAUACCGCAUUUAUUUGAUUACACGCUGCGGCGUUUUUGAUGCGGCUUUUAUUCAAGGGCGGAGUUUAGUCGAGGGCGACAUCAGCAGUAAAUAUCACGUAAAACAGAAAGAUGUUAUACGUUCCUAUGACGAGAUCUUGCUUUAUUGCUAAGGUAGAAUCAGUGUAGGUUACAUAAGUUGUACCGAACUUUUUUUUAUCAUCCUCGAAGAAACGCCGCAUUCUACCUAUUUGGUGCAGUUUUUAUUCGAUCGCGAGGGAGGCGUUUAAUCGAGUAAAUACGGUAUAUAUCCUUAACUUAUGUUAAUUUUAAAAUGAAGAUGAUGUGAGCUGCGGAAAUACAAAUCUUAACUGAAGAAUAGAUGUGAUCGUCGCAGUGGUAACUGCAAUUUAUGUAAUUGCAAAUUAACCUGAAAAAAUUUCGGGACUUCAACGAGGGGAUUUGAACCCAUAGCUUCUACGUUAGACGGUGCCUGCGGUGUUCUUCCAGCUGAGCUAUGAAGACCAUACAUUGGGAGCAGGCCAAUUUGUUGAGUUGAUCUUAACCCGUGAAAGGAAUGAAACAGAGAAUGAAGAUGAUGUGACUUGUGGGAAUACAAAUUUAAAAUGAAGUUAUGUUAAUUUUUAUUGCAUUUGAUAAUGAUGACAUGAUUUCGUGGAAGACUUCAUGUAACGUUUUUAUCAUUAUUAAUUUUUUUAAAUGCCUAUAUAAAUAGUUCCUUAUAAGUCGUACAUCACAACUACAAUAAUACAAUGGCCAUCCGUAAUACGGAUAGACGAUCAGACCAACCAAUCUUGAUCUGUCUUUUUCCAUAAAAUAGCGGUUAUGAGUCUUUUACCCCUCUAUUCUUAAAGCGUCCCUCGCUGAUAGGCCCAUGUGUUUUAUCCCGGCUAUGAGCCCCCUCCCCCCCGCCGGUUACAGGCGCUUCUUUAGUAUCUGCCAUAUCCUUUUUUGUUUUCGUUUUGUGAUAAACAACAAUUUAGACUGUUAAAUGCCCUGGGCUUUCUCUGCCAGUUUUACCACUGAAACCGAUCUCCGAAUUUUGUGAUUUUCCCGCAUUUUUUCAACAAUUUAACGAUAACUUUUAAAACAUUUCUUUAGGAUGGCAAAUAUUUCAUUGGUCAGUGUGGAAAGUGGCUUCAUAUUUUAAGAAAAAUUUGAAGAAAUAGUGUUACAAACCACUCACGUUUUCUUGGUGGUUGUGGGGUUGUUUACGUGAAAAGCGCCUUCGUCACGUUCAAAACGUCAAACCGCGAACGGCAAACGUAAAACUGGCGGGAAGAAAUGGUCUCUAUUCUCCUUUUUCUCUCAGGUUCGAAGCAAGUUGUCGAGCGUACUACUCCUUCUCCAGUGGAAAAAACCAAAACUCCAGGUAGGAAUUAAACCAAGUGCAAAGCCGCUAAUGUGAGCAGCACUUGAGCACUAGGGCAUGUAAGCUUGGGUCGUUUGUCUUUCCAUUUCUCUAUUCGAAAUUCUUCUUUCGUAUUGUUUCUCAACUAUGCAUUCAUUAUAACAUGGAAUACGCCCUUGGAAGCUUAUCAGUCACGUGGGGCGAAAAUAACUUGCUAGAGGACACGACACAGUCAUUUCUUUUCAAGGUUUGGGGCGUUGUUUGCCCUUCUGCAAGACAAGAAAGACAUUUAUUACGUUACUAUUACUUACAAUUUCUUGGCACCCAGUUAGCCAAAACGCUAGUCGUGGCGUGCCAAAUUAAAUCAGUAGAAGAUUACAAGAGAUAUCACCUGAUAAUAAGGUAAAAAGCAAAGAGAAUAGAAAAGAAGGAAAACGUGUAGUAACAUCGUCUUAUUUCACUUUGCUUUCAACGUUUCAUGUAACAGAAAUAAGGAGAGAUCUUAUAGAGCAGAAAAUAGCGCGACCCACAUGCUCGAAGGUCAUACGCAAACAAUGGUACGUCUGUAUCAUGUGACUGCAAAGGGUCUAUUUGAAAGAAAAAGAUAUCAUGAUCAAAAUCACCUGCUCUGAAAUGGAGAAACAAACAUUCUAAGCCAAAGAGGUCUAUUAGUCCCGUAGUUUUUUCCCUAUAAACUUGUAGAAAACCGUAUAUUUAGUCGACGCUGCUACAAGUGGUGUGUCUGCUUGUAGUCCCCUCCACACAAACGGAUGUAUAGAUGAGCCGGAAGUUUAUUUACUCGUGAACACGACGAGGUAAAUUUUGCGAUGAAAAUUUAUGUCAUACACGUCAGAGAUGAGGAGUUUAAGAUACCGCGACGAAGACGUUGCUGGAUUCGAUUUACAGGUGCAGCGCGAGUGAAGCAGAAGGUGUUAGGAUCAGGGUUAGGGUUCAGGUUACAGGACGUUAAUUGACCACGGCGACAAGGACGAAAACUGGUGCAGAAGUGUUUUUGGCAACUUCCACAAAUUUAGGCCAAUUUCGACAUGUACAGGGGGGGGUACAGCGGUGUGGUUUUCGAGUAGAAGGCUUCUGGUGCGACAUAAUGCCGGAUCACUGAGGAAGUUCUGUCGAAACAAAAUAUCAAGAAGUCUCAAGCUGCUACUUGCCUUGGAUGAUUGCUUAUCAAAGGAGUUGUCUGUGGUUUCUUACGAGCUGCUGAGAGAGUCAAUGUGAAAGAACCCUCCCACCGUGGAAACCUAUUUAACUAGCUCAAUAAGCUGAAAUUAAUAAAUCGUUCUUUACCCUUCCUAGAUAAUUAACGCGCUGAGUGGCCUAAACUUAAAUUCUAUAUGCUUUGAAAGUGACGGCGUUGUUUUUAGUAAAUAUCUGCUUUUCCGUUACAUACAGAACUUCCAAUUGAAAGGUGGAGAGAACUCUGUGUCUUACCCCGGGUAGUAGGCCCUUGUCGUGCCUCCUUCCCACGUUGGUAUUACAACAAAGCUGUCAAGAAAUGUUUGAAGUUUAUGUAUGGUGGCUGCGAAGGAAACAUGAACAAUUUCCGCACCAAAGCAGAGUGCAAGAAACGUUGCAUUAGAAGAAGAAUCAAAGCUCGUGCCAGGAGCGGUUCAGUUUGGUCCCAUUAUUCUCUAAGGAGACGCAUCGCAAAUAGCAGAAGGUAUCGGCAUGGCUGAGUUAGCAGCGAACGCACAACUUUGCUGUGAUCGUGUACAGACAAAUGCAAGUACGACGCCACCACAACGUUAUUAUGAAGCUGCUGUUUACGAGGACAUUGUAUAUCCACUUUGAACGUUGAAAUCGUAUUACACGUUGCAUACCUUUUAUUUAGCAAGAGGUAUUUGUAUAAGAUUGCUGAAGCGUACACCUGACCCAACGAGAUCUAUGUUUAGUCUCAUAUACCUCCAUUGCAUAAAUGUAACAUUAUUGUUAUAGAAAAAUAUGUCUCAUAUUGUUGAUAGCCAAUUUUAGCUUUCGCUCUUAACACGACGAGAAGGACAGUGAAACUAUGAAGAGGGAGACCACAAAAUAGUUAUUUAUAGCCUGGAUAGAACUUAAAAUGUUUAGGCACAGUUCAGUGAAGAGUUGCAAUCACUUUUCACUUCAACUUAAAAUGUAAAUGGCAAGUAGGAAAGCAUUUUCUGUUUUAUUUGGAAAAUCAUCAUAAUCAAUAUUGUCAGUUGAACAUUUAAUUUUGGCGUAAAAUUCUCUCUCCGUCAGUGAUGUAUAUUUUUUAAAUUUUUUACAAUUGUUUAUCACAAAAGUCAUCAAAUACUUUCUCUCACUUGACUAAGGGCUAGACUAACUUCAACAGUGAACUUAUGUGAAUAAAAAAGGAAGUGAGGAACCUAAAAAACCUGAGGCAAUUCACAAAGAAAUUUAACAUUUUAUCAAAUAAAAUAUAGUUGUAUAGCAUUUCGUAUAUAACACUGCAGGAGAGCUUCCUUGUCAUGGUGACAAGACUCUUUUUCAUCCAAGAAAUCAGCCGUUUUCAUUUUUAAGACCCAUAAAAUAAAACAUGAAUACGCGAAAGUACCAUUUAUUUACCAUUAAAAUGUAGAUCUCAUAUCGUUGAACUCCAAGUUGCAAUUAGCACAUGUAAUAUAAACCGCAUAGGAUUGCUUUUUAUUUGUACAACACGCUUACAAGUUAUUGGAUUAGGAUUUUAGCCACAACGAUUGCGUACAUGCCAAUUUAUAUUUGUUAUGCUCAAAGUGGAUUUUGUAUACUUACAGACCAUAUAUUCAUUGCAAAGCGAAUUCAGCAAAUGAAUUGUGAAGAGCUGAUGCAGGAGAAAACUUAUAAUAAGUUAGCAAGUAAAUCAUAUUUUGGUUAUUAUGAAAUAUUUAGCAGGAAUUUCUUGGCUGGCCCAUUAACAGAUAUUAAUAGCCAAUUCAUUUGAAUUAUCUGUAGCCGGGCCAAGAACUAAAAAAAACUAAAAAAAAAACAACUAACUUUAAAGGAAGAUCAUAGCCGUUAUAUGCCCUUUUGCAUUGGCUAUUUGGAGGUGGCACUUAAGACUGGAUUGGUGUUUUGUCAGACGGCACUGUGAGACUGACUUUGGGGACACAUUUGGAGCAAUUUUUCCGCAGAAUCUCUUAGAGGAGCUAUGUCACGAAAUUUAACAAAAUUCAAACAGUGGGAACCACGACCAAACUGAGAGGAACAUAAAAUAACCGCUUGAAACAUAAAAAGAAGGUAUUAAAAACACAAUAAAUACAAAAAUAGGCAUGGAUGGACAAACUUAAAGAAGAUUGAAACGGAUUGAAAUAGUGGCUUUUGAAAACUUGUCAGCCCAACAGUUUUUCAAAGUUCACUUUAAUUUUUGUUUUCUGUAACGCUUGAUAAGGUUUGAUCUAGUGCUUGGGAGACAUAUUUAAACUAUGGUUUUGUCAUUCACAGGUAAUUUCUCAAGUUUCAUAGCGAAUAAGGGAUCGUUAUUGAUAAUAUAGAGAGCUUCAGAUUCUGAGAAGAGAACGACUACGAGUACAAGAUUUUCUCGAUGCUGAGUAUUGCUCACGCGUGAACCAGCUGCGUCAUUUUGGCGGGAAAACCUGAUAGCCGUUGUCAAUUUACUGCGAGUUUUAGCGAGAAUGUCGUAGUGGCGGGAACAAGUUAUUAAAUGUUAGAAGUUUUAUCAUUUUGCCAUCGGGAGAGGACUUAACCUGAUUCAGUAUAGAUAACCGUACUAACGUUUUGGUGGAAAAAAAGUAAAAUGAAGCUUUCCGGGUGUCCUUUUUUCAGAAUACGCACAAAAACUUUAACUUGAACCUCGUCCUGGUCCUCAAAUCUAAAGCUCUCUAAUUCGCUACUUUCAGAUUCCCAUAAUACACCUUGUCCACCCCCAAAAGUUUGCAUAAGCAUUGUUUACAAUUUCUCUUGGGAUUUACAAUCCUCUCAAGAGAACUUGGUAACAAUACUUAUGCAAAAAGUUUGGGGGAAAACAAGGUGUAUAAUGGUUAAUGUGAAAGCAGUGAAUAUUAUUUCGAACUAGACAGCCGUUUCAAAGCUCCUUUAACAGCCCAUAGAAAAAACAACACCUCCCCCAAAACAGUCCCAUAAUGCAUUUCGACACACCAUCGACUCAGUGUCACUUGCAGUUCAAUUAAAAAUGGCCAGUUGUGAUAUUUUGUCAUGUCUGAUUUGAUAUGCUUGAGAAAAAACCAUAUGGGCUAACAGGGUUUGGUCGCUGGUUAUUGUGGACUAUCACGAACGUGAUAAUAUUCUUAUUGUAGUCAUUUUAAUAAAUGCAUCGUUGAUGAUAGUGGAGUGAUGGUGGAGGUUGUGAUGAUGAUGACGAUGCUCACUGCGAUAAAGGCGAUCCUUUGACCACGUACAUUUGUCAUGACCAUGUAAGUGGCGAUGGGGAUAGUGAUGACGAAUUUUGGUCUAUGAUAUGACGGUAACGACAAGGAUGAUAACAGUUAUAUUAAAUGACAGAUCAGUUCAAUGAUACUUGCUCAGAAUAUAGGGUAAUAAAAAUGUGUUUUAAUAAAUAAAAUAAAAUGUUAUUAUCCAGUUACGUUUUUCCCCAAACUAUCACAAACUUACAAGCUGCGUUAAGUGAGAAGAAAAUUAGACGUGAACAAUCUAAUCUAAGAGUAGUUUUUCUUCUUCUUCCCCAACAGUUUCAACAUUGCCUCCUACCACAUCAGGGUCUAGCUUGCCAUCUUCCACCUCAGGUGAGAAAAACACACUCCUUCUCUACUAGAACUAUCUUUCCACAAACCUUCAUAAAAAUACAGCUUAUGAGUUUGUGAAAGUUGAAGGGUAAAAUGAUUACUUACUAAUUUAGCUAGUAAAUAGAAAGGUGACAUGAUCUUCGCGGUAAUAAGGGGCAGCUCAGUUGCCGAAGCAACGAAUGGUUAUGGAAGCGCUGGAGACACAGCAUGUUUGAAUGAUUCCAAAGGAUGAAGUUUUCGUAGAUGCUGUGAUCACCAUGCUUUCAUCACGGCUGCGAGGAUUAUGUUUAUAAUAAUGGCAAACACGUUUAGUAUUCAUUGUUCAUAAAACUCUAUCACUCCUAAUUAGGCCCUGGUAUUUUGAUUUUUGCAAUUUAUAUCUAACUCCACUUGUCCGCAGAUGACAUGAUUUAAUGUGAGUAUUUAAGUGGAACUUCUUCCUCGGUACCCUCCAUUGGUACUGUUUCGUUUUUCCAUAUUUCGUGCCAUGAAAAGUUUGGUUACACGUCAUGCAGAUGCCGUUUUUGCCAAUACACAUUUGACUUUGUUAUUGGAAGUAAAAUAGUUAUUCUAGGAGGGCCUUUAGUUGUGAUUCGUUUUAGUGAGAGUGUAUGGGGAGCUGAGAAAAACUGCUGUUGACCUGGUACUGUUAUAAUCCACGACCCCUGUCAACUGCACCCUUUCUCAGUAGCAAGUACUCACACCAGAAUUAUUAUAAUAGACAAAUAAGUUAGAAAUAUAUUACAGAAUUUGCUGAGGUGUAAGUACUCGUAUGAAAAAUACAGUUUUACGGUCAAAAUUCAGAUUAACUACAUUCCUAAGUUUGUUCCUACGAGGAGAAUAAUAAGAAUUAAAAAAUCCUUGUCCCGUGUACAAAUUUCAUUUGAGUUACCACAUUCAUACAGUCUCAAACGCCAUCAGCCACCUCACAUGUACCUUAACUUUUUAAGCCCUAAGAGUGAUCAGCAUAAAGUUUCUCCUUGUAAUAUCAAUGCUUUGUAAAACAGAGUGGUCAUGAGAAUUACAGACAUGAUCACACAAGAUGAAUUUACUUGAUAUUUUAUCAACUUCUUCCCACUACUUCUGUAGGAAAUGAAUAGGGACAAAAAAUGAGAAUUCAAAUUUUGAUCUUAGGGCUUAAAGGGUUAAAGGUUGACGCUUGAUGCCCAGGGGUGUAAUAUAAUAGAUGACAAAGCAAAAAGAAAAACGUCCAGUAGCUCAUACUUAACACACAUCUUAGAAGGAAAAGCACUUUUUUUUUUAGUCAUCUUCUUUACAUUCAACCCAAGAUUGUUUAUUUUCUAAUGUUUGAAAUCGAAGAAGGGUAUUUCCGUUGAUGUUUUUGAUUGGCAGCUAUUGGUUCUCGCUCUGUAAAUGCGAACGAGAUAUUGAUCAUCUUCAGACAGUUUUAAAACCGACGGUCACUGAUGUUAUUAGACAUAAUUCACAUCAGUACAAAAUGUACGUCCUAUAGACUUUAUGCAGUGGAAAUCAUCUUGGGUUGUAUGUAAAACACAGUAGUCGUUCCAUUACAAAUGAAAGAGUGGAAGUGCAGUAAAAAGUCAAUAAACCAGUUUUACACAUCUAAUGAUGAAUUUGGGUUCUUUGCUCCAUUGUCUGGGCUAAUUGCCUACUCUCUUUGAGAAAUGUAACAACUGAAGCUGAUUACGUCAGUGCAACGGGCCGAAAUUGAGUUUGUGCGGAUACAGCCGUCUCUCGUCCUUCCCCGGCCAUAGGGACGUUUCUCUCCAUUGUGCAAAAUGUCGCUAUGGCCGAUAUGCAAUUAAAGGCGAUUGUACUCGCAGAAUAGGCGAAAUUCAUGAACUUCAGUUAUACUUACAACAAAUGGCAAUGAAAAAAAUAAAAAGAUAAAUAAAAUGAAUAAUAACCGAUAAACGGCAUGGUUAGCCCUUCAGAAAACUGUUGUCGUGGAAAGGAAUAAGAAAAUUUGGCUUUGUCAGUAUAGGCAAGUAAUUCAAUAACAGACGUUUCCUGCAAUUCAUGGCUGUACUUGGGUUAAAUGUUUGCUGGGUAUGUGCUGCUGGCCUCUCAGAGCCCCUACCCCAUUAUAGUCUAUUUUUUGGCCAAUUAUAGACCCCGCCCUAGUCACUUUUUGGAAAGUUUUUUUUUUGUAUUUUGGCGGUCACUUUUUGGAAAGUGUAAUUUUCGCGAUCCCAACUUAGUCACUUUCUAUCUAUGCUUUUACCUUAUCAAUAUGGUUUCAAGUGGCGGAAUGUAAUGCGGUCAAUGCGAGCUUAUUAUUAAAUUUAAUAAACAACAACUUUCUGAUUUUUUUAACCGAGAAUCUUCCCAUUUUGAAUCCUUACUUACCCCAAAAUCUGAAAAUUUGCGACCCCAUUCUAGUAACUCUAUCGAAAAUGCGACCCCAUUAUAGUCACUAGUCGUGAAAACGCGAUCCCAUCUAGCGGCACAUCCCCAUUAGCCUCUUGUAAGGGAGUACCCCCAGGACGCCGAUUUGGUAUACCAAAUCCAAUGAAAGGACCACUCCUUCUACAGAAAAAAUAUAAACAGACCAACAGAGAGAGAAUUCAGGUAAAUGUAUGUACUAGAUGCUUACUCCUUAGCUUUUGUUUAGUUAGUUUUAAAAUAGUUUGUUUGUAAGAAGAGGUAUCACCUAUUCUGUCCAAACUGUUUCCUUUUCAGUAAGCUUCACCGAGGGCGGCCAUUUGUCGUAAUCUUUCAACUUAGCUACAUUCUCCCUCAGAACAGCACCUUAAUUACAGAAACGCUGGAUCUAUAGUUUAAAAAUCUGAAUUUACAAAAUAAGAAGGCGUGUGAAAACAAAUUCAAAGUGUUUUGACGACGAAAAUGAAAUUUUUGUUGUUACAGAGGCCAAGAAGAAAAAGGAUGAAACUCAAGCGGUGGUACCACCAGCAAAAAAGUCUCAUAUUGGUACGAUAGUCUACUUAUGAAACAAGACUAGGGGCGUUUUCCAUUCAACAAAAAUCCCGGUUCGAAAUUUCGAAACUGAUUUCACAUGCCCAAUGGAACGGUACAUUCCGGUUGCAAAGACCCGACCCAAGCAACCGCGCGUUUGGUUAUUGUUCUUGAAAGCAGGAUACAAAACAGCGGUACUGGGGACGACAAUUUUGACAAAUGGAGAGAAACAUUUCGGUCCAACUGACAGAGAUAACCGGACCGGUCAAAGAGAACCACCUUCAAAGCUGGUCCCAAAUUUUCCGGUCGGACCAAACCGACAUGGUCCGUUGCAUUUGAAAUUUCCGGAAUUUUGGGUUGAAUGGAAAGCGGCCUAUUAUUUUCCUUUAAAAUUGUUUUUUGGCUUACUGAAACAGACAGUGCCCAACCCGUUCCCCGCCUCCCGCCACCAAACGUUCUGUAGAUCAUGUUCUCUGUGACUCUGUCUUAUAUUUCAAUGAAGCGUUUGUCAUACCGGGAAGGUUGCCUUUUGGUCACUUUCACCAGGACUUACAGAAUUGCUUGUGAAACAUGAGCUACAACAGUACGCGCUCUCUGAUUGGCUACUAAGCGGGUACGAUUUUGUUGCAAUGACCUGGCAUUACUAGCUGGGUGUCCAGGGCAUGGGCAAUCUGUGUUUAACUUUAUAGUGGACAUCCAGCGACGAUCAGUUGGCAGCUGUCAAAAAAGGUAUCCGCUGACCAGUGUCACAUGACUGUAUCGCGGACUCAAGUGUACAACUCCUUGAGAUGACGUGUUUUUUAAAGUUAUCCGCUGAACAUUUAUUAGUUUUAAUUGAUCGCAGGCUCAGGACAAAAAAUUCUCAUUGUCAAAGAAACUGUGUCUUGUGGUUUCGAGCGCAUCGCUAGGUUCGUGAACACGACCUCGAACGACCUCUUAAGCGCGGAUGUUAAAAAUUACUCCUGGUGGUUUAAUUUUAUGAUUCAUUCAAAGAAUAGCCCAAAACAGGCCAUACAAUAAAUUACUCAUUAACCGCGGGCGUUCGGUCAUUACAGGGAAAUCUCAGAUCUAUAUCUCGGCCUUGUUGUAUUUAUCUCGGUCUGGGAUUUCCCUGUAAUGACCUCACUCUCGGUUAAUAAGUGGUAUAUACGGUGAAUUAUCAUUAAUCCUCUUCUUCCCAGCCAAAUGCCACGAUUCAGCAAGUAACAAGUUUUAUGGUGAGGGGGAUACCUGGGAACCAAAUGACUGCACCGUUUGUGUUUGUCGUAAUGGCACGCAAGAAUGCCUAGCAACCGUGUGUCGACAUCCGGAAUGUAAAGAGCCAAUAUAUAUAAAAGGACAGUGCUGUCCCGUGUGUCCUUUGGUCGAUCCAACCUCCACAGACCACAACGAGGCAGGUAAUAAAUCUUUUACAUACUUUUGAUUAUCGACCAUCUACACACUGAAAAGUAUAAUUAUGGUAUUUCCAUGUGAUUUAUCGGUCAAUGGUGGUCAAGCCAACAAAACACCGUGUAAUAGUUAUGCUCCUUCCACUUUUGUCUACGUUCCCUGCUAGCAGAGGCCUCUUUUCGCUUGUAUUUUGCCUGCGAGCAAGCUCUCCGAUUUUGGCGAGCGAAGCAAGCCUCGCGAGAACGCGCGAGCGCCGCUCGCUCGCCCAAGUAGGAGAGCUUGCUCGUAGGCUACCUUGUAUUGGCCAGGCAGGAGGAAAAUGGACUCUUUUCCUCCCGCCGCCCAAAACCAGGGACAAGACAUCAGUGCUGGCAGGGAAUAGCCUAGGUAGUCGUAUACUACAUUCCACAUAUCUCGGGGCAAUAAAACAACAUUUCAGCCUGGAGUUGUGGCUAACUCCCUCACCUUUAAAGGAACGAUACACGACAAUAUGAUUUAAUGUAAACUUAAGACUGGAAACUGUCCAUCAGCCUAUUACAGAACUGACGGUGGUCUUUUUUUCAGAUCUUAUCAAAGCUUUUGCCGGAAACAAACUGGAUACAGUGCUAGGUACUUUGUUAAAUCACUUUCUUCGCUAUUUGCCUUUCAUUCCCAGGGGCGUAGCCAGCAUUUUUUCCUUUUAAGCCCGAGUUGAAGUAUUAGUCGGAAAGGGGGAAGAGGCGGGGAAGGGGAGGGGUGACAUACAAGCACAGUUCCUUUUUUAUUAAAAAUAGCGUUUCAGAUAAAGGGCAUACUGUCAUAGUCAGCAUUUGGGAGGAAUAUCUGACCGUUUUGUAAAGCCUUUUUGACUUCUACCGAUAAAGACCUCUUCUACACACAUGUAUAUAUAUCCAGGUCAGUAGGAUCGUGAGUAUUUCUCUUCAUUUACUAGCUGGUGUGUAAACGAGCUGGGCAUGAGCCCGCGUUUUACCAGUAUAGUAAACUACAUUUUUUAGUGUGUUUUUUCAACUUUUUCAUCUCUUUGGGCUGACUCGAAAUGGACACUGACAUGGCGAGGAGAAAAACGACCACAAAGGCGAAGUUUUUCAAAUGUUUCGUUUAGUGUGUCUUUUAACAUAUCAAGGAAGUAAGGGACGAGGCAGCCCGUUUCAUUUUAAAUUAAUCGUCAACUACAUUUCUACUGACUCGGAAAUUUGAAAAUUGAAUUGCAAAGGGAGCUUAAUUUUUGCAUCCAUGUUAAAGUAAAAAAAAAAGAAGAACCCGGCACAUGGAUUGGUUUGUUCGAAGUUGCGUUUUAACGUCGAUCAAUGCAAAAUAAACAUCGUUAACCAGGGCAUGAAUUUAUUUUUUACAGUGGGCCACUUGGCUACCUCGUAUUUCAAAGUGGUGGACAAUCUCAUAAAGCUAGUCUCCAGCAUUGAACAAACAAUAAAAAAAACAAAAAGAGGAGAAAACGGUCUACUAGAAUACCAAAAAGGUUUUUCACCAGCUCUGGCGGAGAUAUUAAGUAGUUUUCCACUACGUGUUAUUUAGGGUGCAUUCGAUUAACGCUAGUCCGGAAUAAGAAGGCAUACCGGAAAUUUUGUUACAAAUGUCAUUUCUCACCAGGUGUCUUGGAUCACUGCAAUGCUACACGCAUCUUAAUACCGUAUUUAACGAGAUUUGGAGAUUUUAGGAUGCGAUGAAUUGCCUAAACAGGUGAUUUCUAGAGUUGGGUCCCUUUUUACUUAUUCCGAGUACGUUCACGAACGCGCUGUGACGAGCUGAGUCCACCUAAAUUAAAUCACGAGUUUAUAACCUACAUGAUUUUAGCAGGUGAUUAAAGAAUGGGGAACCUGGUCUUAUAACGUAUCUACUUGGCAAACUAACGGAGUUCGGCGACAGAUUUUCCAAGUGAAUUACGUGCCAAUUUUGCAUGCCCAUCACCGCGACGGACAUUAGUGCCUGUAUUACGUUCGUUUAUGACUUGUAAACAUGCGAUUACUGGGCUUAAUGGCUUAAAGGCAGCUACGCCCCUUAUUCGUUUUCCAUUCUCAAGUAAAACCACCACCGCCACCACCACCUUUAAGUCUUCUUCUUCUUGCAUUCAUUCUACACCAAACAACAUGCCUCACUACCGGACAGAUCUUUGAUGACAAAUGCUUAACCAUGCGAACUCGAAACCUGGCAGAUGCCUGAGGGAUGAAAAAAGCUUGGAAUUGACUGAGCUAUAAGUUAACUUUGGCGUAACUUGUUUUCCUUUAAGUGGCAAAUUAACCCUUUUUCGUACCCAACCAACACUACUGCACUAGCGUUUCCAUGUCUUUCAUAAAACUGAAGCUGUUCUUUUUUGAAGUGAGCAUCAAUCAUGGCCGCCAACGAGAUGUAUGUCAGGACAUCCGUUCGGGUCAGUAUUACCUUGUGGGUCAGAGCUGGCAAUUGGACCAGUGUACAACAUGUUACUGUGGAAAAAGUGGCAAGGCAGCGUGUGCUCUGCAGAUGUGUGAGAGAGACCCACAGUGCAAAGAUCUCCUUAUAGACAACAGCAAUUGUUGCCCUAAGUGCAGGGAUGAAAAUGGUAGGUUUUUCAGUGUUUACUUAAAGUGAUUACUCCGUUUGGGUAUUUAAAUUUAAUUGUUUCGAACGUUGUCGCAGUCGUUUCCACACUAUUUCCGAGCUUACCGUAUUUCGUUCCGUAGUUGUGAAAUCUACGAGCAAGUGUUACGAUACUGUGACCAAGAAAUACUACAGGGAAGCUGAGCUAUGGCAGAGGGACGAAUGCACAUCGUGUUACUGUGGAGAUGACCGCAAACCAGUUUGCACUGUAACGAGCUGUCCCCCAGUAUACUGUGAAGCGCCCAUGAAGAUUGAACAGCGCUGUUGCCCCGUCUGUCCGGUGAAGGUUGAGCAAGGUGAGAGAGGCGUGCGUAUUGUUUGUGUGCGUAUGCGUGCCACGUCGAGGGUGGUUGGUCCUUCAUCUUUAAACGAUCAAAAUUCUGCAUAGCGUCAAAUAUCUAAUCAUAUUCCAACUUUGAAGUAUGCGAUGGAAAACCUCAAUUAUUAUCCUAUAAAAAGAACCCUUAGGUAGGCACUUGUAUAGGGUUUGUUUGCUGUAGAGGGUUUGAAACAAGAUUACAAAGCUACUGGGCAAGACCUCCCCCUGUUUCUGUUAAAGGCGGUCAGUCUAGCCUGGUUGGUGGUAGAAUUUUCAUUUCUUUCUCCGUAGAUUAAACAAGUUUACAGGAACAAACAAUUAAUUAAUUAAAAAAACUUAAGAGAAAAAGGGCAAAAAUAUUAAAACUAAUACAUUGCCCUAAUAGAUGGAGUGGUUCUUGUCGGUAGUAUUCACAGGUCCUUCUUGUUUUGUAAACUUUCUAACUCCGCGAAGGCAGAUCACGAAUCUCCGCAACAGUUUAGUUAGUCCACAGAAAGACUUAUUGUCAGUGGUUUUUAGAUUGUGGUGUUUUUGCUAGAUGUUGUUGAGAAACUAGCCAGUUAAUAUUAUUUGCCCACCAACAUACCUAGAAAUUUUAUCUGCGAAGUGUGGUCUCCAGAAAAUAACAGUAAAGAACUUGCAAGAUAUCCCUCGAAUUUAGAAACGUUUUUUGUAUAUAUAUACUGAAAUGGCCACAAUGACAUUCUCGGAACAUUUACCCGAAAACAUGUUUAAUGCAAGAGGGUAACAAAAUGUAGUUUCAAGCGUUGGUCCUUCGUGGAUCCAUGGGCUCUGGUGACUAGAAAUUCCCGGAAAGUUAGGUCCUGAAUCACUUAAAGGGUGGAGUUACUUAAUAAUAAAUUUAUGGUUUUUAAUGAGACUUAUAUCUUAUACUUGAAAUGUCAGGGUGUAUGUUUGACGGGCAGAAGUUUCUACAUGGGGAUUUAAAAACCCUGCAGGAUAACUGCACACUGUGGUGAGUGUUUCAGUUUUUUGAGUCACAUCACGCGACGCACUAUUUUUAUGGAAAGCCAACUGCUGUAGUUGUACUGUGGAUUUUAUAGCUAUCUAUAAUUAAUAUACAUACAAUAUAGAAAUUGUAGUAAGUGCGACAAGGGAGACUGGCACUGCUCAAGGGACAGGUGCAUGUCUGGACAGCGUAAGUUAUCAAUAAUUAUUCCGUUAACUUUCAUAAGUACCUUUUAGAGGGCAAAUGAAAAGUGUCAACUGAAAUCAAACAGAGCACAACGGACAAAGAAGUCGAUGGUUUAUAAAUAACACACCAAUGAUUGAAUGAGAUUCUGGUCCAAUCAUUAAACGGCUUUGACAUUUUAUUGAAGAUUCAAACCGCGUCCACUGAUUUAUAUCAGAAACCCUUUGAAACAUGUAGAACUGUACAUCUUUAAACCAUGUGCUGAACAUCCGAGCAAAAUUCAGUUAUUUACAAGAAAAUUGUUCACUUCAGCGCUUUAAUAACACCCGUUAUGUUGUUUGUAGUAAGUGCGACAACGGAGACUGGCACUGCUCAAGGGACAGGUGCAUGUCUGGACAGCGUAAGUUAUUAAUAAUUAUUCCGCAAAUCCUACUCCAAAUGCAUUUGCAUGCAUCGCUGUUUUCUUUAAAUAUAUAACGGCCCAGCUUUGUGGAACAGGUCAUGCAAACUACUCGCCCACGGUGUGACUUAAAUAGUGCGUCUCUUGUUGAAUGAUUCUUUAAGCAAACAAUUUUUUCAUGAUUGCGAGGAAGAUCCUUCUUUUCACGCUCUUUAACCAUCUCAUGUCCCUAAUAUGAAACGGACUUCAUCAAGCUGGAAUUAUUACCAGGAGCCAGAUGCCUAACUUUGCACGCUGAGUUUUUUUCUAUACUAUUAUUUUUCAGAUGGAGGACAGAACUAGAGAUGUACAUUCAAGAAAAAAGCAAGAAAAAAAAACAUUUAUCGAAAAGUGUAUAGACAAAUUGUUUGAUCUGUGUAGGGUGCAAUUCUAAAUGAAAGGGGUUGAUAAUGAUUAUAUUCGACGGUAUCUAGUUGUUAGUUUAAACUUUAAUAUUCCUGUUGUACUGUGUCUUAUCUGAUCAUAGUUUUAAAAGCCAUACGGACUUUCUUUGGUUUAACAGCGACUUGCGAAAAAAACUAUCUUGGGUUUACGAAAGUUGCCGUUUGGGUUGGUGAGCGCUCCAGCAACAUUUUCAACUCUAGGAAACUACAUCCGUGCUUUGUCUAGGUAGAUGUUAAGUGUCCUCCAGCAGCAAUUAUAAUCCUCAUCAUUUUCUUAAGGUACAAAGACUUGCCUGUUUUUGUCUCCAAAGCUACUGGGAAAUAGAUAGAUGGCAGAUUAAUUUACACGAACAUGGCACCUUUAACCAAACUGGAGCUUUUGCACUUAUCAUUUAGGUGUAGGCAACGUGUUUGUCUGGGGCUGUCACUGAAGAUGCUUAAUAUGAGUUACCGCUCGGGCUGGUAAGCGCCCCAGCUACUUCUCACAACCUGUGAUGGAAUUAUCUCAGUGCUGUGCUAAGGCACACUCAACAGUUCUUUUACAGCACCUACUUAUAUUCUUAGUCAUUUCCUUUAGAGGGGCGAAUUGAAGGCUAUUAAACGCCACUAAUUGUUGGAGUCCAAAGCACAGACAGGUGUUGAAUCUCGUGUUAGACCCUAAGUUUGUUUAUUGAGACAAACCUUUAUGCCCAGGGUUGUGUUAAAGGAAGUUCAGUAAGCCUGAGACCUUUCUUGCAGUUGCUGUAUCAGCACAAACAUAUCAAGUCACAAUAUGCUGAACAGACCAAAAGAAGGCUCUCUCCUUUGCAAUAGCUUUUCAUCCUUUUGGACAGAGAGAACAAUAAUGGAGAGAAAGGUAGGGAAAAUGUCCCCUUCCAGCAUUGUCCGUGCCGUUCCUUUUUUGCCAUCUCUGAGCAAUCCCAUGGAACAAAAAGAGUGAAUCGGAAGACUAGGGCUUUAAGAAGCUUUUUCGGGGAAAAAAGAAUCCUUUUGUAUAUAGUAACUUUUUGUUCUUUCGCUUUUGAUCGGUUUAUGCGUAAGUAAUGAUUAGUGUUGGUGAUGGAAUAAACUUUUAUAAACUCCU